UUAAAUUAAUUAAAACACAAAAAAGGACCCAGAUGGAACCAAACUACAUUCCAAAGCCGAUCAGGUCUGGAAGAACGAGGCUUAGAAACGUAUCGUCACCAGCCAUGCAGAAAGACUCUUCCAAGGCCUGCAGUCCUGUGACUGAGCAGGGAUACACUUGGACGGCUCUCCUGGUUCCUAAUCCCAGCAGGCCUGGAAGCCCAAAGCUGAUAAUUAAAAAGAUACCAGUACCGGCCAUUGAGAAGAACAGCCCUUCAGAGUAUCUGCCUGAGGAUUCAGAGGACAGGAAGAAGAGGAGGAUGACACCAAGCUCCAGAUCCAGUUCCUCAUCGAGCUCAUCAUCCACUGCUUCAUCCAGAAAUUCAUCCUGUGCCUCAUCCAGAUCUUCAAGCAGCUCUUCCCACCAUCGAUGCCAUUCACCACCGAGAGAUGAAUAUUGGACUUGUGAACCUGUUAAAGGUGAGCUAAAACUCAUUUUCAGAAGGCAUCUGAUGACAAGAUCCCCACCAAGAUCCCCACCAAGAUCCCCACCAGGAUCUCCACCAAGCUCACCGGAGAGCUUCAUCACUGUUUCCUCCAGAGGCAGUGUGUCCCCACGCUCCAGAUCCAGCUCUCCUGAUUCAGCGCAGUGGUCCUUUCCUUACACUUCUCCGGUGUCUCCACACUGCACACCAAGCAUUAAAACAAACCAGAGUCCAUCAACAUCCGGAGGAUUAAAAAGAAGAAACGAGGAGCUUGAAAAUCUGCUUGAAGUCCCCCAGAAGAGGCAGCGGACAAUGAACUCUAAGUCACCAGAAGUUCAACAAUGGGCUUAUGGGGUUUCAGAAGACCACCCCAAGGUCAUCAAGAAUAUGAAGUUGACACCAACCUUUCAUCACACUUCUGGAAGUCCAUUUUCCCCCCUAAAAUCCAGAUACAACUCUCAUGACUCUGCCCUGUGGUUUUCUCCUCCCACUCUUCCACUGGUUCCACGCUGCUCACCCCUUACAACAAACCAGAGUCCAUCAACAUCUGGAGGAUUAAAAAGAAGAAACGAGGAGCUUGAAAAUCUGCUUGAAGUCCCCCAGAAGAGGCAGCGGACAAUGAACUCUAAGUCACCAGAAGUUCAACAAUGGACUUAUGGGGUUUCAGAAGACCACCCCAAGUCCAUUUACCCCCCAAAAAUCCAGAUACAACUCUCACGACUCUGCCCUGUGGUUUUCUCCUCCCACUCUUCCACUGGUUCCACGCUGCUCACCCCUUACAACAAACCAGAGUCCAUCAACAUCUGGAGGAUUAAAAAGAAGAAACGAGGAGCUUGGAAAUCUGCUUGA